CUUCAUUUUCCUCCUCUCAUUUUUUUUUAUUUUCCCUUUUUUUUUUUAAAACCCAAAAAGACCACCCAACGAAGGACUUUGCUCCGACUUCCUUCUUCACAAGAUUGGAGGAAAAAGAAAAAAAAUUCAGGAGAGAGAAAAACACACAAAAAGGGAAGAACGAACCCACAAAUUCAAAUAUUCAAAACCCACCUCAAUUUUGAUUUUUUGGGCGGAAUUUUGAUUAAUUCAAUUGAAAAGUUCUUUCCCCCAAUUUUUCAAAAUUUCCCCAAAUUUUUAGGGUUCUUAUUUCGUUUUAUUAUCACCAAGCGAUAAAUUCCUUACAAGUUCCUAGUUAAAUAUCUGGAGUUGAUGCCGUUUUUAGUGUGUGUCUGAAGCAUGCCAUCAAAGUCUAUUUUGGCAAGCCAGUCUGAGCCUAGUUCCCACACUACCACUACCCCAACAGCAGUCUGUUCCGAUCCCUGGUGGCAGGCAGCUGCAUAUGCUCCGUUGCCUUUAACUGAUGCAGUUGGAAAUGUUCCUAAACCUACGUUAAAUCAACAACUCGAGAUGUCGGGAUCUAAAGAUGACCAGUCAUUGUCAAACGCGGGGGAUGAUGAAGAAGAAGAGAGCAGCAAAGACUCAGAAACUACAGGUUCUACUUCUACCCCUCGAGAUGGUAGCAGUGGGCACGAACUCCAGAAAUCGCAAUAUGGUGAGUCCAGUAUGUCACUUGGAAGUGCGGAUUACUACUCACAACAUCCACAACUAGAACUUGUUGGUCACUCAAUUGCCUGUGCGUCAACUCCUUAUCCUGAUCUCUACUAUGGCGGAAUGAUGGCUGCCUAUGGACCUCCACCAAUGGUUCCUCCCCAGUUUUAUGGGAUGCAUCAACCCAGGAUGCCUUUGCCUCUUGAAAUGGCACAAGAACCUGUUUAUGUAAAUGCUAAGCAGUACCAUGGAAUCUUAAGACGGAGGCAGGUCCGUGCAAAAGCUGAGUUGGAAAGGAAACUUAUCAAAAUCAGAAAGCCAUAUCUACAUGAGUCUCGCCACCAACAUGCUUUGAGAAGGGCAAGAGGUACAGGAGGACGUUUUGCGAAAAAGGGUGAAGCCGAAGGUUCUAACCACUCUGCUGAUGAGAAAAAUAAAUCUUCAGAUGCAGGAGGGUCCCACUCGCACGAGGCUCGUGAAGAACGUGGUGACAUCAACAGUUCAGGAGGAACUAGAACUGGUGAAGGCCAGUCUAACCAGCAGCAAUGGGGUAGCGGCAUGUCCAAAGACCAGGCUCCACAUUGUGCACUAGCCAUAUGAUAGUAGUUAGAGCUUAACGAAGGGGUCGAGAAUUCAACUACUUGGGAUAGAAGAUUAAAUGUCCUAUUUCUCUUGAUCUUUCUCUUAAUCUUUUAUGGUAGAUUGGAUCUUCUCUUGGCUUUAAAUGGCCAAGCGGCAAAUCAUUCUUGGCUGGUUUACCGUGCUUGUGGGUGGCACCGGAGAGUAGGAUAAAGUUGGAUAGCAAAUUAGGGUUCGAUGACCUUUGAACUAUGUACAGUUCUAGUUUUUUUUGGUCAUUUUUUUCCUUUUUUUCUUUUUGUUGUAGUUCAGAGCUUUAGGUUAGUGUGAGGAAAGGAAAGGAUAAUGAGGCUAAGAUAUCAUUUGGUAGCUCGUUAUGUUCGAUCUUAACGACUUGAUUCGAGUACUUUGUGUAUAGUUGAUAGGGUUAUGAUGAUGAUAUUAGGUCUUUAUUUGAGAUAUUAAUAUACUCUUGGCUGGUUGCAGCUGAUAAAGUGUUUGUAACAAUAGGUUAUUGUGGUUUUGUGUUGUUUA